AUGGUCCCUUUGCGGGAGAGUGGCCAUGAAGAGGACAUCUGCCCCAUCUGCCGCGAGGGCCUGAGGAGGGCCGUGCGCACUGCCUGCGGACACCUGUUCUGCCAGGCGUGCCUGGCGCAGCACGUGGACAAGGCCUCCCAGUCUGGAGUCCUCUGCUGUCCUGUCUGCCGGAAGCCCUGUUCCGAGGGCGUGCUGGGGACAGGCUACACCUGCCACAUCCACCAGAAGAAGGUGCGCUGCUUCUGUGAGGAGAGCAGACUUCUGCUGUGUGAGGAAUGCGAGAAGUUCCCUGAGCACGAGUCUCACCGCGAGCUGACCAUUGAAGAGGCCAUCAGCCACUACAAGGAACGACUCUCCCGCAAGAGCAGGAAGGUCAGAAAGGCCCUGGGGGAUCUCAACAGAGAACAGCUACAGCCCAGGGCUCUGGAGGAGGAGAAACAGCAGACUGUGCAGUGGCCGGACCAGCCAGAGGACGUACCAGCAGAGGCACCCAGAACCCCGGAAGAAGAGCUGGACAUCCUAGUCACUGUUAUGGAGAGGAUGGCCAAGGAGCUGGACGCCAGCAAGCUGAAGGAUGCCAGUGAUUUGUUGGACAGGCUCAUGUCUGUGGCUUGCACUGCAGGGGUCGGGAUCCAAGACCUACCUACUGCCUGGGAACUGAUGGGAGCGCCCAUCUCUCCCAGUCUCAUUAAAACUGGAGUGCUCAGGUACCUGGGUGGCAUCCGCUCACCAGUGGCGAGGAUACGUUUACCCAUGGAGCCGGACAAUGGGAAGAACAUUCCUUGA